AUGUGCUACGGCCGGCGAGGCUUCGAUGGCGCCGCCAAGAAUGGUUUAGCUGCCGGUGAGAAGAUGGGAGAGGAGGAAAUCGCAGGUAUACGGCGCCAACUAGAAGACGAAACGGUGGGUUUGGUGGAACUGGCAAUGAAGUAUGGGAGCGACGGUGCUACGGUGGUGGACACUGGCGGCCGAAAUGAUGGAUGCCAGUCAUGA